CACGUUUAUCUAAAAAUAUAUGAAUUAAAUAGUAUGGAAUAAGGGCGACUCAGGUAAAUAUUUCCAUAUAUAAACAACAAUCCUUUGAAACAUCUCAUUACACUGACAAUCGCUCAUAACAUAUCAAACACUGAACACGUGCGCGUGACUACGAUUAAAAAUGAAUAGAACCAGUGCGACUUUAAUGCUCCAAACUAUUAUGGUGCUGAUGGAAAAGCAGAACUCGUCUGGAGUUACACAUUUCCCGACUGGUUUUUAUGAGGAUGCGGAAAUUGAGCGGUGCUAUCAGCCAUAUGGGUGCUUUUCAAAAGCCUACCCCUGGACAGAACAUCGGCCUGACAACUACUUUCCGGUGUCCCCAGAAACUCUUGGCGUAAGAUAUGCCGUGUUCACGAGACGAAAUAGAAAGAUACCAGUGCUAUUUCAGGCGCAUGAAGAGGAAAAAGUGCGCAAUGCCAAUAUUGACCCACGAGGGCCGUUUUAUUUCAUUACGCAUGGUUUUCUUGAUGGCGGACAUAAGAUUUGGAUUCAAAAUAUAGCUGAUGCCUUAUUAAAUUUGGAGGGAAAUGAUGCAGCCACAGUUACAAUAGUGGAUUGGCGUCGUGGUUCACAGCCUCCUUAUGGACAGGCCGUGGCCAAUAUAAGGCUUGUUGGGGUUAUGACGUCACACCUUAUUUAUACUUACUACAAAGAACUGGGUUUGUCAAAUUUAAACAAUUUCCACUUCAUCGGACACUCUUUGGGUUCACAUUUGGCUGGUUACUGCGGACAUUCUUUGCAAAAGAAAUACAAUCUUAAACUCGGACGAAUUACUGGUCUUGACCCAGCAGCGCCGUACUUCAGUAACACCGUGACAUUGGUUCGUCUUGACAGAUCUGAUGCGGAAUAUGUUGAUAUAAUACACAGUAACGCUAGGCCUCUAUACUUCUCAGGAUUCGGCAUAUCCGAGCCAAUAGGCCACGUGGAUUUCUUCCCCAACGGAGGUUCCACUCAACCUGGUUGUAAAAACGACGGUUCAGCGAAUCAAGGGGGAGGAGACAUGUACCAGUCAGUGGUGAAAUAUGUUGCCUGCAACCACGAGAGGAGCUACGAUUUCUUCUUUGAAAGCAUCGCGCCCAGUUGCCCCUUCAUGUCCAUACAAUGCAAGUCAUAUGAGGCGUUCCUCGACGGUAACUGCACGAGCUGUGAUAAUAAACACCUAUGUAUUCCCAUGGGAUUUCACUCCCAAAACAUGUACAAGCGACUUCAAAUGGGCGGACUGGUUGAUACAAAUGCCAACGUUGCCUUAUACGCAUUGACUGGAAGUACUAAGCCGUUUUGCCGAGUCCACUAUGAAGUUACGUUAAAAGUAUCGAAUUCAACGGAGAGCAAAAUUCACGGACCAGAUGUUGGAAAAAUAUUAAUAACCCUAAUAGAUAGGAAUAACAACAAAAGUGACCAUCGAUUUUUGAAUGAUGAACAGAAAUACUACAGACCUGGUGAUGUCAAUACGAAACUGAUAGCUUUUAAGGACACAGGUCUUCCACCUCUCACAGUCAAGGUGGAGUGGAAGUAUGAAGCCAGUUUCCUAAACCCCAUGACGUGGCGUUUACUUAAAUCCUCCAGUCUCUACAUUGAAUAUAUUAAAGUUUCUUCGUUGGAAUAUAAUACUGAUAUAACCGUCUGUCCGAAGCUCAAGAAACCAGUGGUGGCCAACCUUCCAACGAUAAUGAAAACCAAAUAUUGUUCACAUCCAUAAAGUUAAAG